AUGGCAGCGAGCAACGUACGAGGGCUGGUAGCUGCGCUAAACUCAACAGGAUGCUUCAAGUACAAGAGUCCAGAUGCAGUGGUAGAUUUCCUGGUCGUAGGCGGAGGUGUUGUAGGCUUGGCUGUCGCCCAGCGGCUCUCCGAACGUUUCCCGACGAAAUCAACAUACCUGGUCGAGAGACAUCCACGUGCUGGUGAAGAGACCAGCUCUCGCAACUCAGAAGUCGUACACGCUGGACUUUACUAUCCUCCACAAUCACUCAAGACCCAGCUAUGUUUGCGAGGCAGGCAUCUCAUGUACGACCGAUGCGACAAAUACAACAUUCCGUACCGAAAAACUGGCAAACUCGUAGUAGCGCACGAGCACCAGCGUGCGUACGUCGAGGGCCUCUUUGCAAAGGCCAGACAACUACCAUGGCCCAAGCACUCGCCACCUCAUCGAGCUGAAGACCAAGUGCUUCCUGUCUCGCUUAUAAGCGGUGCGCAAGCACGAGAGCUUGAACCAGACCUCUCACCAGACAUUACUGCUGCGUUAUGGAGUCCAGAGACAGGCAUUGUCGACUCUCACUCUUUCAUGGAGAGUCUGCAGAAGGAUAUAUUAGAAUCAGAAGGAGGCGAAUUGGUAUUUUCUACUCGGGUCGUUCGUGUGGACCCGUACAAGAAUGAAGAGGCCUCCGGGCUUAGCUCAGAGGAGGGCUGGGUGGUUCAGACUGUCACCGAUAAUGCCGAACAAGGAGAUUCCCUACUCGCUCGAACGUUAAUUAACGCCUCUGGCCUUUCCGCCAAUCUCAUUCCAAAUUCCCUGCUGCCCGAGUCAUCGCGUAUACCCAUGUUCUUCGGUCGGGGCUCAUACGCGGCUUACAGUGGUCCAGGCAUAUCUCAAGUUAAUCGGCUCAUAUACCCGUGCCCUGAAACCGGGCCUAACAAGCACGCUUUCCAAUCGCUCGGAACGCAUCUGACUCUUGACCUACAAGGCAAAUUGCGCUUUGGGCCAGACCUGGAGUGGAUAUCACCGCCCUGUCAAGCUGAUGCAUUAGAAUACGAUUUUAAUGAGGGAAACGCGGAUUUUUGGCGGAAGCACCUAAAACCGAGCGAUUCCAGGCUGGAAGAGAUGUACAGAGCGGUAACUCAAUAUCUACCAGGGGUAUCAUUUGAAGGAUUCAGACCUGACUACGUCGGAAUCCGUCCCAAGUUGGUGUUGUCUGGAUUCCAAGAUUUUACUAUUCGGAAGGACUAUGCUGAUGGAAGCAGGAGAGGACUGAUGGUCAGCUUGAUGGGUAUUGAGAGCCCUGGCCUGACCUCCAGCCUUGCUAUUGCUGAACACGUCGUAAAUGAUGUCAUUGAGCUAGAGCAUUUUCAUAUCUCACAAUAG